GCAUUUGAUGAUCCAGUUACUAGUUAGCAGAAAGCAAGAUGUAAUUAUUGUGGAAAGGUGUUGUGUGCUGAACCUAGGAGAAAUGGUACUUCUACCAUGAAUGGUCAUAUUGAAUGUUGCUUGAAAAAUCCUAAUAAUUUGAAAAAUAAUACACUGUUGAAGUAUGUUAGUAAAGAUGGAAGUAAGACAGUGAUUGAUUUAGGAACUUGGAAGUUUGAUGAAGGUGCAGUGAAGAGAGCAUUAGCUGAAAUGUUAAUUAUUGAUGAGGACUCCUUUAGCUUAGUUGAAAAAUUAGGCUUUAGAAGGUUUUGUGAAGUAGCAUUGCCACUAACUUUUAAAAUUCCAUCUAGGAGAACCAUCACUAGACAAUGUUAUGACAUCUAUGUAGAACAUAGAAUUGCCUUGAAAAAUUAUUUCAAAGAAUCAAAUUUUAGAGUUUCAUUAACCACUGACACUUGGACUAGCUUACAAAGAAUCACUUAUAUGAGCUUGACUGCUCAUUUCAUUGAUGCUAAGUGGAAGUUAUAUAAGAAAAUACUGUGUUUCUGUCCUGUUGAUAGCCAUAAAGGAGAUGAAUUGGGAGAUCUUCUUGUUAGAUGUUUGAAGGAUUGGGGGUUAGAGAAAAUUUAUGCAUUAACUGCUGAUAAUGCAUUAGCAAAUGAUGGACUUGUGAGGGUUUUAAAAGAUGCUGUGAAUAAAUGGGGAAUUGCUAUUCUUGGUGGGAAAGACAUUCACAUGAGAUAUGCAACCCACAUCAUAAACUUGGUUGUUAGUGAGGGUACUAAAGAAAAAGAGAUAAAUAAAUCUGUGAUUGCAAUUAGGGCUGCAGUUAAAUAUAUUAGGCAAAGUCCUAUGAGAUAUGCAAGACAAGACCCACACAUGAAGAAUGAGUUGAAUGAUGGUCCUAAUGCUCCUGGAUUUCCUUCUUGCAUAGAUUGGGAAAAUGUGUAUGGUCGUAAAUCUGAUGGUGAACUUGAUGAUAAUGGGCCUCUUUAUGUUGCCAUGGUCAAACGUGAGAUGAGAAUAUUGUUUGAAGAAUACAAGAGGUUGAAUUCCUCUACUGCGAAAUCAAGUGACCCUCAAUCAUUUGAUGAACAAGGAAGCAGCUCUACCUCUGCAACCAAUAUGCAAAGUGUGACAGAUCCGAAAAAUAGAGUGCAAACAUUUGAAGUGAGGUCUGAUUACAAGAAAUUUAAAGCUGCCAAUGGUAAAAGGGCAGAAAAAACAAAGUUGGAGAAGUACUUGGCAGAAGAUCCUGAGGAUGAGAAUGAAAAUAUUGAUGUUAUUCAGUGGUGGAAGAUGAAUGAGCAUAGAUUUCCAGUGUUAGCAACCAUGGCAAGAGAUGUCUUAGCAGUUCCAAUAUUGACUGUUGCUUUUGAAUCAGCAUUCAGUACUGGAGGUCGAGUCCUUGAUGCUUUUCGCUCGUCAUUGACACCAAGAAUGACACAAGCUCUCAUUUGUGCACAAGAUUGGUUGAGAGAUAAAGCUGUUUCUAAUAUACAGGAGGAGGAUUUGGACACACUGGACAGUUUAGAGAAAGAACGUGCAACUUGUGCUAAGGAAGAAUGGCUCUCAACUUUGCAUUUAAAGGUUACUUCUAAAGCUAUUUUGGACGCUCAAAAGAGAGAUGGUUGUGUGAAGUGGUUUGCUGAAAAUGUGGCUUCAAGGAGUGCUGCUAGGGCAAGGCUUUUGGAUGUCACCAUUGUUUCUGGGGUGUGUGCCUAUCCCUUUGAGUCUUUGACACAGUUUGAUGGCGAAUGAUUUUGUUUAUUUUUUGGCUUAUGAAGUGUAAUAGUUUAUUAACUUUGUUACUUUGGAUAUUUGGUUAAAAUAUCCAAAUCAUAAAAUUAAAAGAAAUGAAUCACA